UGAGCUUGCAGGGAGUCUUUAUUCCGAAAGUUUUGCUUUGACAUCACUGAGACGGUAUAAAGUUUUUAAGACUGUCACAGGCAUUAUGGAGUUGGAUCACUAAAGGCUAUAGGAGACUACUGGCACAGGGAGAGGUACACCCUGGAAUGGGAUGCCAAUCCAUCGCACGGCACACAUUUAAACACACGCUUAUUCACACAUUACGUGCAAUUCUGGAACACCAGUUAGCCUAAUCUGCCUGGGGAGGAAACCAGAGUACCUGGAUGAAACCCAACAAGCAUGAGGAGGACAUGCAAACUCCAUUCAUACAGACCGGAGGCAGGAAUCGAACCCUAGACCCUGGAGGUACAAGGCCACAAUGCUAAACUCUAUGCAAUCUGAUUUUCAAUGAGGGAUUUUUAUUUAUAUUUUUAUAACCCUAUGCAUUCAAACCCGGACCCUGGAGGUGCAAGGCCACAGAACUAACCAAUCAGAGUGGGGCUUUGCAUUUCUGUUUAAUGCACUUUACUGUUAUUUCAGAACUUUCUUUUAGAUUCUGGUCAGCAGUGAACUUCAUCUGUCUGUUAAUGUGCAGUGCGUCCCGAGAUAACCGGAGCAUCCCAAGCGCGUAAACUCUACCCAAGGACAGAGACCCCCGUCUGUCGGCAUUCCUGAACACAACCCACACACACACACACACACACACACCUCCCAUCCACACAGCACAGUAUCAGUGAGAGAGAGAGAGAGAGAGAGAGAGAGAGAGCGCACAGGGAAUAAGAGAUAGAGUACUGAUGGAAGAGCGGAUAGUUCUGCCCUGCUGUUGUUUGUUUCACAGCUGCAGGAUCGCAUCACACCUCGGCGGGACGACACGGGAAGAGAGCGCGCGCUGUCUGCACGCGCGUCCUGCGCUCCUCUGAGACCUUUCAUAACCAUUUCAAAAAAGGAGGUGGGAGGAAAAAAAAGAGAGAGUGAGCGAGAGAGAGAGAGGGAGAGAGAGAGUGGGAAACGCUUCCUCCAGCGCCCUGGCUCGGAUUAUUUCUGGUGCGUGUGCCAGCUGCUUGGGAAUACUUUUAAAUGGCGCGCGGAUCAGAGAGUCAGCAGCCGAGCGCAUGCAGCGAGCAGCCGUGAUCAGCGCUCAGUUUCUCAGACGGAAACGCGCAUAUUCGUGACCAAGUGCAGCGCACCGGAGCACAGCCUCAGCGAUGUUCGGUUUCAGUAAAGCUCACGGCUCGCUCAGGAGACUCGGGAAAUCCGCCGCGCGCGCAACCACCGGCGCUUCCUCGCGCCUUUACGGCGCGUUCCUCCUCCUCCUCCUCAUCCUCACACCCCGUGUGGACUCGUCCUGGUGGUACAUUGGCGCUCUGGGGGCACGGGUAAUAUGUGAUAACGUGCCUGGUCUGGUGAAUAAGCAGAGACAGUUGUGUCAGAAGCAUCCAGACAUAAUGCAGUCGAUCAGCGAGGGAGGAAAGGAGUGGAUCCGUGAGUGCCAGCACCAGUUCAGACACCACCGCUGGAACUGCAGCACGAUUGAGCGCGACCACACUGUCUUUGGCAGGGUCAUGCAGCGCAGCAGUCGGGAGGCCGCCUUCGUGUACGCAAUCUCAUCGGCGGGUGUCGUGUACGCUAUUACCCGCGCAUGCAGCCAGGGGGAGCUAAAGACGUGCAACUGUGACCCGCACAAACGCGGCAAAGCAAAGGACGAGCGAGGCGAGUUCGAUUGGGGCGGCUGCAGCGACAAUAUCAACUACGGGAUAAAGUUUGCUAAAGCCUUUAUAGAUGCCAAAGAACGGACUGUUAAGGAUGCACGAGCACUUGUGAAUCUUCACAACAAUCGAUGUGGAAGAAUGUCAGUGAAACGCUUUAUGAAGCUAGAGUGCAAGUGUCACGGUGUCAGCGGCUCCUGCACCUUAAGGACUUGCUGGUUGGCGAUGUCUGACUUCCGGAAGACUGGAGAUUACCUUCGCAAAAAAUAUAAUGGUGCCAUUGAAGUCACCGUGAACCAAGAUGGAGCAGGAUUCACUGUGGCUCACAAGGACUUCCGGAACGCCACCAAAAACGACCUGGUGUACUUCGAGAACUCACCUGACUACUGCUUAAUGGACAAAGCUGCAGGUUCUUUGGGCACAGCCGGUCGCGUCUGCAACAAAUCGUCUCGAGGGACAGAUGGCUGUGAAGUGAUGUGCUGUGGACGGGGGUACGAUACAACGCGUGUGAAGCGCAUCACCAAGUGCGAAUGCAAGUUUAAAUGGUGCUGCUCUGUUGAGUGUAAAGACUGCGAAGAGGCUGUGGAUAUACACACCUGCAAAGCUCCGAAACGAGCCGAGUGGCUGGACCAAACCUGAGACCUGUCAGAGUCCUUCCUGUCUUUCUUUGUCUUCCUCAAGAUCUCCUGUGAGCAAUGAUAUUCUGGGAUAUGAUGUCCAUCUUUCACGGCUUCUCCUCCUGAUCCCUAUUCCUUGUUGCAUGGCUUUAUUAUAACUCUCUGUGAAAGCACUACAACAAAAAAAGAAGAAGAAAAAAGAAAACCCAACUGCAUUUCCCAUGAGCGCCUUGCACACUAUGUCCAAUCCGGCACAUUAUUCUGCCUCUCUUGUUCUUUAUUUUAUUGAAUUGAAUUGGACAGAGGACACUAAGAGUGUAAGAAUGAGCUGUGUUGCAACUGUGAACUUUUUUGUUGGUGUUUUUUAUGUAUUGUUUUCUGUGAAUUUCCAAAAAUAUGUUGUUCUUCAAUUGGUGUUUUGUGCUGCAUUUAAAAUGCUUUAAGGACUUUAAAAAAGAACUCAAGGCCUCAAUAUAAUACCACUUGUUACUGAGAACACACCUACAAGCUAUGUACCAGUCAUAUCCCAUAUAACAUUGUGUUGUUUUGACUGAUAACGAAUGUGAAUGGAGGCAGCAGCAUAAAAAGAGAAGAAAUGGCCUAGACCUUUGCACACUUUCCACUCACAAAGUGGCCAGAUUUUGGACAGAAGACCUCAAAGGAUUUACCGAACUUUCUAAAAGAUGAAGAGACGAAGAGAGAGCGCGGGAAAAUUUUUUUUAAUGGUCUAAAUAAAAGAUGAGCCUGCACUAAGAACACUAUCUAACCAAAAAUGUAAAUAUUAAUGCAUAAACGAAAUGCAUAACUGUAUGAGCAUUAACACAAAAAUAUGUGGAACGAAAUGUCCAUUCAAAUGACAGUGGAUUUAUGGUGCCAGAUGAAUGUGGAUGUUUUGGCUUUUCUGUAUAACAUCUGUAUACUGCAAUGAUAUUUAAACAAAAGUUGACAUAAAAUUAUUAAG